GAGGAGGGGGGAAGAGGCAGGGCUGCAGGAAACCGAGCACCGAUGAACAGCUAAACGGCCCGGGAAGCUGAAGAAGAGCGAACGGAAACGGCACCUAUCCUCAGCCUUAAAGCCCUUCAUCAGCUGGAAGUGUGUGAAAUAAAGCGUUCCCAAAUGCCCGGAGGACAAGCUGGACUCCGUCCCGAGCUCCGGCCUGGGGAGGAAUAGUAGGAGAGGAUUUAUACCCCUGAGGAGCUCCAGCUCGGGCAUGUUUUUGCUCUCAUGCAGAGAUCGAGGUGCGGAAUCCCCCAUGUGAAGAUCCUUACGUUUCUUUCCCUUCUUUUGACGCACUGAUGAUCGGGUUGUUUUUUUUGUUUUGUUUUGUAUAAAUCUCCGUUUCAUAUCGCAUCUGCGUAUAAAACGACAGCAGACAGCUCAAAGAAGUGAAACCCUGCUGUCUGCUGCGUGUAGGACUGUCUGUGAGUGCUUCACUCUUCCUUUUAACCGGGGAAGAUUGUGUCUGGUUUAUUAGAAGUCGGGAUUUUCUACAGUUGAAUAACUGACAGGGGAUUAAAGGUGCGGUCUGAGGAAUUAACUGCAUUAAUCACGCCACCAUGGUGGUCUUCAAUGGGCUGCUGAAGAUAAAGAUCAUCGAGGCACUGGACCUGAAACCUACAGCCUGGUCUCUGAGGCAUGCCGUGGGACCGAAGGCGCAGAGCUUCCUGCUGGACCCGUACAUCGCCCUCAAUGUGGACGACUCACGUGUGGGUCAGACAUCCACAAAGCCGAAGACCAACAGCCCUGCAUGGCAUGAUGAGUUUGUAGCUGAGGUGCGUGACGGCCACAAAAUUGAGCUCUCUGUGUUUCAUGACGCGCCCAUUGGCUAUGACGACUUUGUGGCCAACUGCACCAUCCAGUUCGAGGACCUGCUGCAGAACGGCAACAAACACUUCGAGGAUUGGAUUGACUUGGAGCCAGAGGGAAAAGUGUAUGUCAUAAUCGACUUGACUGGAUCUUCCAGUGAAGCAGGCAGCUUUGAGAAUGAGGAGAGAGUGUUUCGAGAGCGUAUGCGACCCAGGAAAAGGCAGGGAGCGGUGCGGAGGAGAGUGCAUCAGGUCAAUGGCCACAAGUUCAUGGCCACCUACCUGAGACAACCCACCUAUUGCUCACACUGCCGCGAAUUCAUCUGGGGUGUUCUUGGAAAGCAGGGGUAUCAGUGUCAAGUGUGCACAUGUGUGGUCCACAAACGGUGUCAUGAGCUUAUCAUUACCAAGUGUGCAGGACUCAAGAAACAGGAGGACACAGCUGAGGAGGUGGGCUCUCAGCGCUUCAGUGUGAACAUGCCCCACAAAUUCAGCAUUCACAACUACAAAGUGCCCACAUUUUGUGACCACUGCGGCUCGUUACUGUGGGGUCUGAUGAGGCAAGGACUGCAGUGCAAAGUGUGUAAGAUGAAUGUACACAGACGCUGUGAAAGCAAUGUAGCCCCAAACUGCGGCGUCAAUGCGCGGGGCAUUGCUAAAGUGCUGUCUGACCUCGGAGUGACGCCUGAUAAAAUCUCCAGCAGUGUACAGAGGAGGAAAAAGAUUAGUCAAGGUGCAGAACCUCAGCCUCUGCCAAUAUCUCCACAAACAGAGGAGGAUCGCUCCAAAUCGGCUCCAACUUCACCUUGUGACCAGGACAUAAAGGACCUGGAGAACAUCAGGAAAGCGCUGUCUUUUGAUCACCGCGGGGAGGAGCUGAAAGCAAAGCCAGCUUCAUCCCCGAGUGAGAGCCGCUCGGAGGAGGAGGGCCGAGAGAAUGGGGAAGUGAAGACACUGCAGUCUAAAAGAAUGAGCCUGGAGGACUUCAACUUCAUCAAAGUGCUUGGCAAGGGCAGCUUUGGCAAGGUGAUGCUGGCUGAGCUCAGAGGCACAGACGAGGUCUAUGCGGUGAAGGUGCUGAAGAAAGAUGUGAUCCUGCAGGAUGAUGAUGUGGAUUGCACUCUUACAGAGAAACGCAUCCUGGCUCUAGCCAGAAAACACCCCUACCUGACCCAGCUUUUCUGCUGCUUCCAGACCAAGGACCGUCUGUUCUUCGUGAUGGAAUAUGUGAAUGGAGGGGAUCUGAUGUUCCAAAUCCAGCGCUCACGUAAAUUUGAUGAAGCCCGUUCUCGUUUUUACGCUGCUGAGGUCACCUCUGCUCUCAUGUUUCUCCACCGGAAUGGGGUCAUUUACAGAGAUCUCAAACUGGAUAACAUCCUGUUAGAUGCUGAGGGCCAUUGCAAGCUUGCUGACUUCGGCAUGUGCAAGGAGGGCAUUCUGGAUGGUAUCACCACCACCACAUUCUGCGGUACACCUGACUACAUCGCACCUGAGAUCCUGCAGGAGCUGGAAUACGGCCCAUCGGUGGACUGGUGGGCGCUGGGUGUGCUCAUGUAUGAGAUGAUGGCAGGCCAGCCACCAUUUGAGGCUGAUAAUGAGGAUGACCUGUUUGAGUCCAUUCUCCAUGAUGACGUGCUGUAUCCAGUGUGGCUCAGCAAAGAGGCAGUUAGCAUCCUCAAGGCGUUCAUGACGAAGAGCCCCAAUAAGCGGCUUGGCUGUGUGGUGUCACAGGGCCUGGAGGAAGCCAUUAAAGUGCAUCCGUUUUUUAAAGAGAUUGACUGGGUACUGCUCGAACAGAGGAAAAUUAAGCCACCAUUCAAACCCCGAAUUAAAACCAAGCGGGACGUCAAUAACUUUGACCAAGACUUCACACGUGAAGAGCCUGUGCUUACUCCCGUAGACGAUUCCAUCAUCAAACAGAUCAAUCAAGAUGAGUUUAAGGGCUUCUCCUACUUUGGUGAAGAGUCUCAGUCCUAGGAUUUAAAAAAUUUUAAUCUCCUGCAUUUUCUCCAUCUGCUACACAGUGGUGUUGUUCACCUUUAAGAACUGAAUGAAGACCAUCUGCAGUGUGGGUUUACAUGUCUAAUUAAAAGCUGCUCAUGCAGUUUUUUGUUUGUUUGUUUAUUUUUUUUUGAGUUACAGAUUCUAGGAAUUUUAUUUUGAAGAACACAAAGAAUCUUUCAGCUGAACAAGUCAAUGCAAGUCUAUACAAUCAUAUAUACACAUAUUACACACAGUGAUAGAAAUGUAUGCCUAAGCAGAAACCCUGUUCAGAAUCUACAUUAAAAAGAAGCCCAAGUACUUUACUCUGAAAUCAGCUUGAAUAAUGAUUAUAAUAAUAACUUUGUUUAUUAUUAUAUUGUCAGCCAAGCAGAUUCUUGGAGGAGUACUUUGCAUGUAUUCAAAGCUUCUCAGUUGAAGCAGUGCAUGUUCAUGUGCAUUUUUCAAAGGCUCACAUCAUGCAGCUAGUAUCUUCUGGAAUCAGUUAUUAUUUUCCAUCUGUAAUUAGUGUUAUAAGACACUAAUUUUAAGAUACCAGUUGAGAGUCAGUUUUAGUCUCAUAUACAUAUACACUGGAGUUCAAAAGUCUGAGACCACAUUGAAAAUCUGGGGAUUUUAUUUAUUUAUUUAUUUAUUCAUUUUUCAUUUAAAAUUGGAAAUAAACAGAAUGUUUUGGAAUUUUUAAAUAUCUAAAACAAAGAAAUUAAAUGUUCAAUGUCUUGAAUAUUGAAUAAUAUCUUGAAUAAUAUCUAUUGAAUCAUGUGUUCAGAGGUCAGUGGAGUUGUUGUCAAUAAUAUAAUUUGUAAUAAAACCUGUUGUAUUACAUUUUUUUUUAAAGAAACACUUCAAUAGAGGUCACAGACUUUUGGACCCCACUAUGUGUGUGUUUGUGUGUGUGUGUAUACGUAUGUGUGUGUGUGUGUGUGUAUAUGUAUGUGUGUGUUUGUGUGUGUGUGUAUAUGUAUGUGUGUGUGUGUGUGUGUGUGUGUGUGUGUGUGUGUGUGUGUACAGUACUGUGCAUAACUUUUAGGCACCUAUAACAAACCUUGUUUUAGAUUUUUUUUUUAUGACUUCUACAUUAUCGAGUCAGAAAAAAAAAAUAGAUUUCCAAACAUUAGUUUUCUAGCACAAAAUUAAAUGUUACAGAAAAACGUUUGUAUGUUAUUAAAGAAAGCAGCAUAUUAAGAGACAAUGAAGGCUGCUGGGUUUUGCGGCAAAAAUAAGAAGCAAGUGCGACAGUCAAAGUCUCCAGAAGAGAUUUGGUUCUGCAAGGUGUUCAAUAAAACUUACAGCUCAUUUCCUUAUAAAACUUAAAAAAAAUUCAACCUGAGACUACUAUUUUUAUUUUUUUGUCACUCCAAAUAUUGACUUUGUUUCAUGUAAUACUGUUUACUGCUCUUUACGAUAAUUUCAUUAUUUUUAAAGGUAUCUUUGCUCUACAGCAUUCCUUUGCAUGUGCCUAAAACCUUUGCACAGUACUGUAUAUGUGUGUGUGUGUGUG